CUCAUGAAAUGACCUCGAUACACUUUUUCAGACUGUUUCUAUUGCAUGACUACAUUCUUUUUAAAAUCUGUGGUUUUCCUUCAUAGCGACAGAAAUGAAAGGCAGGUAUGGGCCAAUGUACUUAUUGAUAAUUUGAUAAGUUUGAUGUUGUAUACACCCGCUUCUAAUGCCACAGUUCAAGUUUAUGAUCCACAUUAAGACCAACAAUUCAUAUUUAAAAAUAUUAUGUGUGUGAUAACAGUUUUUAUUGUUAGUGUGAUAUUUAAAUCUUACUCUAGGUGUCGCUAUAUAACUGUCUUAAAAUGUCUGUUUUCCUCAGCCCUUUGUGGUAGGGCGUUUUAGCACAUAUAGUCUGGUUCUAAGAAGGACCACAGCGAAUUGCUUUCAGAGGAUAAUCAUAUAUUUUAACUGAGAGCUGAAUCUCUUUUUUUUCCAUCAUCUUGACACAUGAUGAUGGAUUCAAGCCGCACACGGUUUGUAGUGCGCACCUUUUAUUAUCUCCUCUUUUUGCUGCAUUCCACAUAUGGAGACGUGAGCUUUUCCUUUCCUGAGGAGAUGAAGCGAGGAUCGGUUAUUGGGAAUUUAGCCAAGGAUCUCGGUCUGGGAGCCAGCGCGCUGUCCAGCAGAAAAGCCCGCAUUAACGCCGAGGGGAGCGGUAAACGUUAUUGUGAUCUAAACAUGAAAAGCGGAGAGCUGGUUGUCGCCGACAGGAUUGACCGAGAGGGGCUUUGUGGCGACAAGGCUUCGUGUGUCCUAAAACAUGAGCUUGUACUGCAGAAUCCCUUGGAGCUUCAUCGAAUCAGUCUGCACAUUCAAGACGUGAAUGAUAACGUGCCAAUGUUUAAAGACAACGUGAUUAAUUUGGAGAUACGUGAGUCAGCCACCAAAGGAGCUCGUUUUGGCAUAGAAGAGGCACACGACACGGACAUAGGACAAAAUUCAGUUCAACAAUACAACCUGAAAAAGAAUGAUAAUUUUGUUUUGUCUGUCAGUGGCAACACAAUACAGCUGGUUCUUGACAAAGAGCUUGACCGUGAAAAGCAAAGUGAGAUGAAUUUACUUCUCACAGCUUUAGAUGGCGGUUCUCCUCAGAGAUCAGGUACAGUAGCCAUACACGUCACUGUGCUGGAUGCUAAUGAUAACGCCCCAGUGUUCAGUCAGGCUGUUUAUAAAGCCAGUCUGCCUGAAAAUUCUCCUCCUGAUACAAUAGUGAUUAAUGUUAGUGCUACUGAUGCUGAUGAAGGACUGAAUGGAGAAGUGACGUACGACUUUGGUCAUGUUACAGAAGAUGUGGAGAAAAUAUUCAGUAUUGAUCGUAAAGUGGGUGAAAUAAGAGUGACUGGCACAGUUGACUAUGAAUCGAGCACAUCCUAUGAAAUCCGUGUGAAAGCCAAAGAUGGAUUAGGGCUGUCCUCUUAUGCCAAAGUGAUCAUUUCUAUCACUGAUGGAAACGACAAUGCUCCAAUGAUUCAAUUAGAAUCACUGUCUAAUCUAGUACCAGAGAAUGUAUCACCUGGUACAGAGGUGGGCAUCAUUAAUGUGCAGGACAGAGACUCUGAGAAGAAUGGACAAGUCCGCUGCUCCGUUCAACAAAAUGUCCCCUUUAAGUUAGUUCCUUCUAUUAAAAACUAUUAUUCUCUGGUGACUACUGGACAACUGGACCGUGAACUAGUGUCUGAUUACAACAUUACAAUCAGUGCUACUGAUGAGGGCUCUCCUCCUCAGUCCUCCUCUAAAAGUAUUCACUUAUCUGUAGCAGACAUCAACGACAACCCACCUGUGUUUGAAGAACAGUCCUACAGUGCAUAUUUGAGUGAAAAUAACAAAGCCGGUUCCACUUUAUGUACCGUUAGUGCUGGAGACCCUGACUGGAGACAGAAUGGUACCGUGAUUUACUCUCUGCUAGCUGCUGAGAUUAACGGUGCCCCGGUGUCUUCCUAUGUAUCUGUUAAUGGGGACACUGGAGUGAUCCAUGCUGUCAGGUCGUUUGAUUAUGAACACUUGAGAAGUUUUAAAAUCCACGUCAUGGCCAGAGACAACGGUUCUCCUCCUCUGAGCAGCAACGUGAGUGUCAGUGUGUUCAUAUCAGAUGUGAAUGACAACUCUCCUCAGAUACUGUACCCCUCCCCAGAGGGCAACUCCUUCAUGACUGAGCUGGUCCCCAAAGCUGCACAUGGAGGCUCUGUGGUGUCCAAAGUGAUAGCGGUGGAUGCGGACUCUGGACAGAACGCCUGGCUGUCCUACCAUAUAGUCAAGUCCACUGAUCCGGGACUUUUCACCAUUGGUCUCCACAGUGGAGAGAUCAGGACCCAGCGGGACAUUUCUGAAUCUGACAGCAUGAAACAGAACCUGAUUGUGGCAGUGAAAGAUAACGGACAGCCCCCUCUCUCUGCCACCUGCUCCAUGUAUUUACUUAUUUCUGAUAACUUGGCUGAGGUGCCAGAACUGAAGGACAUUUCUUAUGAUGAGAAGAAUUCCAAACUGACGUCUUAUCUGAUCAUCGCGCUGGUGUCUGUGUCCACCUUCUUUCUGACCUUCAUCAUCAUCGUCCUGGGUGUGCGGUUUUGUCGCAGGAGAAAGCCCAGACUGUUGUUUGAUGGAGCAGUUGCCAUCCCCAGUGCGUAUCUCCCUCCUAAUUACGCAGAUGUUGAUGGCACAGGAACUUUACGCAGCACCUACAACUAUGACGCCUACUUGACAACAGGUUCUAGAACCAGUGACUUUAAGUUUGUGUCUUCUUACAAUGACAACACACUGCCUGCUGACCAGACUCUGAGGAAAAGUCCUUCUGACUUUGAUGAGAUGUUUGGAGAAGCUCAAGACUCCCUGGAGGUAUGA